GGGUGAUAUUUGAGAAAGGAACUAAGGUUGAAUACAUGAAAGUAGAUGAACUGGCUGGUGUCUGGUGUGAAUGGACAGAGAUGGAGAUAAGACAUGAAAACUAUGACGAUGCAUUGAAGCUGAUGCGUAGAGCAACCGCAGCGCCCAGUAGGAAGGCUGCUUACCACGACAAGAGUGAGCCUGUCCAAAACAGACUAUAUAAGAACUUGAAGCUUUGGUCAAUGUAUGCAGAUCUUGAGGAAAGCUUCGGAACUUUCAAGAGCACCAAGGCAGUUUAUGAUCGCAUCAUUGAUCUACGGAUAGCCACGCCCCAAAUCAUCAUCAACUAUGGUAUGUUCCUAGAGGAGAAUCAGUACUUUGAGGAAGGUUUCAAGGCAUAUGAGAAGGGAAUAGGUCUCUUCAAAUGGCCUAAUGUGUAUGACAUCUGGAAUACUUAUCUUACCAAAUUCAUGGAGAGAUAUGGAGGAAAGAAACUAGAGAGAACAAGAGACCUCUUUGAACAAUGCCUUGAAGACUGCCCUGCUAAGUUUACCAAGACUUUGUACCUGUUAUAUGCGAAGCUUGAAGAGAAGUAUGGUUUAUCUCGACAUGCUGUGGCUGUCUAUGAUAGGGCUACCAAGGCAGUGCUUCCUGAAGAACAGUAUGAGAUGUUUAACAUCUAUAUCAAGCGAGUAGCAGAGGUAUACGGUGUUACACAGACCAGACCUAUCUAUGAGAAAGCUGUUGAAGUUCUACCUGACAUUGAAGCCAGAGAGAUGUGUAUCAGGUUUGCUGAUCUUGAACGUAAACUGGGAGAGAUUGACAGAGCGAGGGCGGUCUAUGCUCACUGCUCACAGAUGUGUGAUCCACGCGUGACGGCAACUUUUUGGCAGGUUUGGAAGGACUUUGAGAUCAAGCAUGGUAAUGAGGAUACAGUCAGAGAGAUGCUAAGGAUUAAGAGAAGCAUACAAGCCAAGUUCAAUACUCAGGUGAACUUCAUGUCAGCUCAGAUGAUUGCUGCAGAAGGAGCAUCCAAACCAAACCAAGGUGCUAUAGAUGACAUGCAGUUAUUAGAACAGAGAGCUCAAGCACUUGCUGCAGAGGCUGAGGCUGAUAAACCAAAACUCAAAAAGGACAUUCUGUUUGUCAGGGGUGAUACUGAAGCUAAGCGAGAGGCGGUUGCCGAGGCAACUAGAGCAGCUAACCCCGCAGAAAUCAACAUUGAUGAUGAUGAAGAUGAGGAUAGUGAGGAGGAAGUGGACGAGGUGAAUGUAGAACAGAAGACCAUCCCAUCUGAAGUAUUUGGCAGUAUCAAGGCAGACAAGGAUGAUUAGAAACAUCAGACAAUCAACGCAACAGGGACUCAGCUGCUAAUCAAACAGAAUUGCAAGUUGCAAUUGAACACAAAUCAUCUAUGAAUUUGGUAUUGCAACGCCUCAUAUGCCUUAUUCAAAUCUCAGUCGCAUUUUGGAAAGUAGUAUGUCCGUCAUUAAAAAAAAAUGAAUCAUGAACUUAUACCUCGAAACAUUUCUGACAAACUGUCUGGAUAAUGUUUCUCAAUCAUUGGCUAUGGGAACUUAAUGACAUUCCAUGUCUGUUAAAAUCUAUAGGAAUCGGAUUGAAAUGAACCCAAUCGGUUUAAAAGGUACAUGUAUUGAUCAAGAAUAAUUGGGAAAAAAUGUGGUUAGUCUCAUAUUGUCAAAGGUACUUCCAUUAAAAAUCUAUACUUAAGUUCAUCUCAAAUGUGUAUUGGUUGUGUUCAAGCACAUUCUCAUUCUCCUGAAGACGAGAAGAACACACUUUUCGAAACGUCAAGUUUGGGUGGUCCAUUUCAGGACCUUUUCAAGACCAACAAUUGAAACCCACUUCACUAAUUGAAUAUCUAUUUUGGGUCCUAAAAUUACUCAUAUAUUUUGCAAUUAAUUGCUCAUCUACUGAUUUCCUCCAGCUAAAAUUUGUAUUUUCUUGCAUCUCCCCCGUAGAGAUUCUUUUGUGUAAAAACAUCCCAACAUCAACCGUUGUGUAGUACGCUAUGCUACAUGUACAUACAUGCACUCAUACAUUUAUACACUUUGUGGUAAAAGGCAUUAAAGGUCAAGUCCACCCCAGAAAAUUGUUGAUUUGAAUCGAUAGAAGGUUUGAAGUACUUGCAGUUAGAUAAAAAUUGGAAUAUUCAAAUUCAUUAUCAUGACGUAGUGUAAAUUCAGUUAUUUCAUGUUAGAAAUAAAGAACAAUUUACAUAGAA